AUGGUGAAAUCUUCGAAGCCACGCCCUCUCUUCGUCUAUGGCACACUCCGCGCCCGCCCUCUACUAGCAUGGGCUCUAACCGGAGAUGCCGCAAACACAGAAUCCAUCUCGGCGCUCACCCGUCCAGCCAAAGUACGCGGUUAUGCACGCUACACCGUCCGGUCCCGAGAUUAUCUCGCCGUUGUAAAGAGAGAUGGGCACGAAGUAGAAGGGGACUUGCUUGUCCUGGAGACCAAUUCCCAGCGCAAGAAGCUCGAUGACUUUGAGGGCGAGAUAUAUACUCCUACGAGCGUUGAUGUCGUACUGGAGGACGGAAGUGUAGUGGAGGCGGAUAUGUAUGUCUGGGCUGGAGAUCAAGAUGCCCUGACCAAUGAGCCAUGGGAGCUGGAUACUUUCGUCAAGGAGAGGUUGGAGGAUUGGCUUGAUCUUUUUGAGGGCAUGGAGAUGAUCGGCGAAGAUGAGGACUGA